UCCCUCCCAUCUCAAAUAUUUGCACUCUUCAUUCAUCUUUGCUGCAUUUUCUCCGGCAUCGGAAUUGUCGAAAUUAAUUCUUAAAAUGCCAAGAUCACAAUUGAUCAAGAUGAAAUAUGACUGUCUUCUUUUUGAUUUGGACGACACACUCUACCCUUUGAGCUCUGGCAUCUCAACCGAGUGCCUCAAAAACAUCGGAGAUUUCAUGGUCGAAAGACUCGGAAUUGAACGAAGCAAGGUUCCAGACUUGUGCAAUCUGCUCUACAAGAACUAUGGCACAACAAUGGCAGGGUUGAGGGCUAUUGGCUACAAUUUCAACUACGAUGAUUAUCACAGCUUUGUACAUGGCCGACUGCCUUACGAGAAGUUAAAGCCUGACACUGUUCUCAGACACCUGUUGCAGAGCCUUCCAAUCCGCAAAGUAAUAUUCACGAAUGCUGAUAAGAUUCAUGCUGCAAAAGCGCUCCAAAGGCUUGGUCUGGAGGACUGUUUCCAGGGAAUCAUAUGCUUUGAGACACUCAAUCUACUGCCUUCAGAUUUCGAUCAAGAAAGGGUUGCUGAUAACAUAUUUGACAUCGUUGGUCACUUCUCUCACCCAAAUUCCGGAGCUGAGUUGCCAAAAACGCCAAUUCUUUGCAAGCCAUCCGCGGAAGCCAUGGAGCAUGCUCUCAGAAUUGCCGGCAUCGAUCCUCAAACCACCAUUUUCUUCGACGACAGUGUUCGCAACAUUCAGUCCGCCAAAUGCGUUGGCUUGCACACCGUGCUGGUGGGCACUUCACAUAGAGUCAAAGGUGCAGACCAUGCCCUGGAAAGUAUCCAUAACAUCAAGGAAGCAUUCCCAGAGCUGUUGGAAGAAAAUGAGAAAUCUGAAGCUGUUCGUCACUCAGGAAAUGUUGGGCUGGAAACAUCAGUAUCUGCUUGAUUCCUCUCCGUCUAUCGAGGGCAGCGAAGACAACAUCAGCUGGUUAAAUCUAGGGAUGUAAACAAGCCGAGCCAAGCCGAGCUUUGGGGUGUUCAAGCUUGUUUGAUAAGAUAACCGAGCCGAGCCGAGCCGAGCUUAAAAUGAACCAAGCUUUUGAAAUGAGUGUUCAAGC